UGAGACUGAAAUGCCAGUUCACAUGACUCACAUGCUGCUUAAAAACUCAGGGAACCUGGGCUCAGGGUGGAGCUGGCAAAACAGGAUGUUUCGGGGCCCUCAGAUCCUGGCUUGGUCUUGCCCCAUAAGACCUCUCCUGAUACUGAGAGAAUCCCACCUCUCUGCGUUGUCUGAGUUCACUGGACCCGCAAGAGACUUCAAGGAGAGGAGAUAUGAGAGGGUCUGUGACAGUAAGGAGGGGUCUGAGACUGUAUCCCCUUCAGUGCAGCAGCCCUUAUGUAGCCUGAACUGUGAAACUCAUCAGCUGAGAAAAGCUUCAUUUAAAAACCUCUUAUCCAAUGCUAUUUUAUCCAGCGCACACCACCCCUCUAAGUUUCCUGCAUCUGUAAACGCCAAGCCAGUGUCUGAGUCUUUGAAAUGCAGUUUUGUGAAAGAUUUAGAUAAAAAUGUCAAAGCUGUGAGCUCUUACCCAGACUGUUUGGUCAACACAACAUGCCUUCGACCCCGGGGAAGGCCUUGGGACAUUUGCCAACCUUCACUCCUUCUUACCAACAGGAGUCAGUGCAAACUUCCUCACAGCAAUUUAUAUUACAGACAUCACUUAGUUAGACCUUUAAGCUCGUGUACACGUACACAAUGGCUAUUGAACCACUCUCACAAUGGACCGCACCCCUCCGUCCUCAAGUUUGACCAAGACAGAGCUCUUCAUCAGGCGGCCCCUCAUGAAGCAGAUCCCUGGAAAUAUUGUCUAUCCCUGGAGAAUGAACGCAGGUGUCGACAGAGGCUGGCGCCCAACUUGAGUCUAUACGAUCCAGACAAGAUAAAAAUAGGACAAAGUCAAAGCAAGGGAAAGAACCAGGAGAGAUGGGCUGCAGUCUUGGUCUCCCUCUGCUCUGUCGACGGGGAGCCGGCUUUUCUCUUCACUCUGCGCUCCAGCAUGCUGAAGGGCCGGCACAAAGGAGAUGUCAGCUUUGCAGGAGGUAAGAGUGAUCCGUCAGACAGAGAUGUCGUGGACACAGCGUUGAGGGAAGCCAGGGAGGAGCUGGGCGUCACUGUGCCAAUGGAGAGGGUCUGGGGCACCAUGAAGCCUCUCAGGGACCGGUCGGGGAUGAUCAUCGCUCCUGUGUUGGCUAACCUCGGCCCCUUAGAGGAUUUAUCCUUCAAACCAAAUCCCGGAGAGGUGGAGGACAUUUUCACCAUGUCUUUGUCCCACCUGUGCAACCCUCAGAACCGAGGCUACACAAACUUUCGCACCGGUGACAAGUACGGCUACACUCUGCCAGUGUUUCGUAACGGGAAGUAUCGAGUGUGGGGUCUCACGGCUAUGGCCCUAGACUACACCCUGAAACUCGUUGUCCCUCGUUAGCAGCUCAUUCGCAGCUAAUCCAGUUUGAAGUUCAGUUUUUCGGUACCAAAGUACACCCUCAACCUUCAUGUGACUGAAAGAUCUUAAUGUGGAAUAAAAUGUGCAAUCAAGCUUUGUUCAACAAUACCAUGUCAGGAAUCACUGAAUAUAAAAUAUGGUUAUUUCUGAAGAUGA